CCGCCCCGCCCCGCCGCUUCCGCAGCGGCCCAGGCGGUAUGUGGCGGGCGGGGGCGGCGGGCGCCGUGCGCGCCGCGGGAAGGGCGGCGGCGGCCGGGACGCGGCAGCGCGGCUGCACCGGGGGCGCCCUGAGGGCGGGCACAGCCGCCGCCGGCAGCAGCCGCACGCAAUUACAAUAUUCUUCAGAUGUGAAGAGCAGGACUGCUUGGUUCAUGAAUUUGAGAAAUACAGGAACUCUGAGUGACACAAGCGCUUUAGAUGAGACAACCUAUGAGAAACUGGCUGAAGAAACAUUGGACUCCUUAGCAGAGUUCUUUGAGGACCUGGCAGAUAAACCUUUUACCCCAGAAGAUUAUGAUGUCUCUUUAGGGAGUGGAGUUCUGACAAUUAAAUUGGGUGGAGACAUGGGAACAUAUGUGAUCAAUAAGCAAACACCAAACCGGCAGAUUUGGCUGUCCUCACCCACUAGUGGGCCCAAGCGCUAUGACUGGACUGGACGGAAUUGGGUGUAUUCUCAUGACAGAGUAUCUCUUCAUGAACUACUAUCAAAAGAGUUUUCAACAGCUUUAAAAACUAAAUUGGAUUUAUCCUGCCUAAUAUAUUCUGGAAAAGAAGAUACUUGAUUGUAUUCUACCUCAUGGAAGUUUAAAGACUUUAACCUCAAGCCAAGCUUUUUCUUAGGCUGAAGUACCUGAGCUUAAUUCUGUUGUUUUUCUUGGCAUCAACAUAUUGUGCAACAGAAAUGAAAAUAAUAUAUUUUUUCUCUAGUGCUCAGUCUUUGGAUUUCUGUGUGCUGUUUGAAUCCAUGCGGUACACAUGGUUAAGAUCGCCCAUCCUGUCACUUAAUUUCUUGCUUUCUUCCUUCAGAACUCAUUAAUUUUUAGGCAUGUAAGGACUCACUGCCUGGUGACUUCUAACCAGCACACAAACACUGAACUUUUCUUGGUGAAACAUUCACCCAAAACAAGAAAUGCCUGUCAGUUACAUUGACGUAAAUUGUGGUACUGUGAAUGUAUUGCCUCAAAAUUUGCGGCUAUUGUAAUAAAUCAUAGUCACAUUUAACAUGUUA